ACCAAGGUGGCACAUCGGGUGAGAGCGAGGCACAACACCGCCAGCGGUCCCAUAGUGGAGCCAUAUACUGAUGGCGCCUGCGGAGCGCGAAUCACGAUCGGACCGGAAACGGUCGGCCACGUGUUCAGUCCCGGAUACGAGCGGCCCGGAUACUAUCCGGACAGCGAGGACUGCACGUGGCUGAUCAGCGCCCCCUAUAACUCGCGCAUCCGCCUUAAGUUCGUGGACUUUAGUGUGGAGGCCGGCAGCAAAUGCCAGUACGACUACCUGUCCGUCUAUAACGGUGCGUCGACGUCCGGCGCGCUGCUGGGAACCUUCUGCGGCACUCAGCGCAAGCAGCUGACGUCAUCACAGAACGACGUGCUGCUUCGCUUUGUCUCCGACAGCACGUACACCGAGCGCGGCUUCGACAUUCAGUACGGCGUCGUAGAAGAGGACGAAAACCUGUGCAACAAGACGCUUCACGGCGUACAGGGGGCGCUCACGGCGCCUCCAAACUCCGUCGGCAGCGGCAGCUGCGUCACCACGCUGCAUCUACAUCCGGGCACCUCGCUGCUGCUGGAAGUCAGUGCUUUCCUGCUGCCGGCGAGGCCCGGAGGGGAUAUGCCCCUGACGGACCUCACGGGGGCCGUGUCGGAUGUCGCUAAGCCGUCAUGCUACGAUGACGUGGAUCUGUGGGUAGAGAUCCAGGCGGCAGAGAGUGCCGACCCGAUCACGCCUAUGUACGUGGUGCCGGACGCGUGCGGCCGCCGCAGCCAAUACCCGAUGAACCUGACCGUAGAUGCACCCGCAGUUCGCGUCACCUUCAUGAAGAACAGAUACCAGGAGUUCCCGCUGUUCACGGCGCACUACUUCGCUCUGGAUGAGGAUGGAGUCAUCGUCGAAGACAGCAGAGAAACAAGCCGCAACAAGCUUGGAGGCGACGGACUCAAUGGACUCUGGUCGGAGUGGACAGCGUGGUCGGACUGCUCGGUCAGCUGUGGUCAGGGCAGCCGGACGCGACGGCGGAACUGCCUGACGACAGAGUGCCACGACACCUGCAUGCCCGGAGUGCCCGAAUGCGUGCACGUCUGCUACAAUGACAGCUGCGUAGGUGGCGCCACCGACUACGAGAGCUGCUUCGCGGGACAGUGUCCGUCAGCUAUCGAGUUCAUGAUCAAGCCCCACAAUGCAACAGUGCGGGUUGGCGACGUACACACGUUCGAGUGUCUAACGAAUAGACCGACGACCAUAAAAUGGUUGAAGGAUGACGUACACAUUGUCAACCCAUCCAAACACAACGCUGUCAUCAGACCGCCCGGACACUUGCUCAUCCUACUAGGGGCGGAGAUGUCGCAGACAGGUAAAUACACGUGCUUGGCCGUAGCUGAGUACGGAAUCGCCGUGACGACGGCCUGGUUGUCCGUACUAGCAGACACGGACGACUGCAGCGUCGAGUUUGACAGUGUUCCCGUUGACGCCGACGUCGACGCUGGCGACCUGCACGUUAUAGAGUGCGCCACCAUCGAGCCGGCGUCGUCCAUCUCGUGGUUGAAGGACGGAGAGCGUCUGCUGAUCGGCGGACGCGUGAACCUGGCCAGCGAGGGCUUACUCAUGCUGCAGGACGCGGAGGCGCAUGACAGCGGCGUGUACACGUGCGUCGCCGUACUGCGUAGCGGCUGCGUCGGCAGAGCAGACGCCACCGUCACCGUCAUCGAAUCGCAGACGACGGGCCACGUCUGCGGAAGACCCGUCCUCUCCGAGCCGCUGGGGGCGCUCACGUCGCUGAGGCUCGGGAAGAUCGUCGGAGGGCAGACGGCGGACGAGGGCUCGUCUCCGUGGACUGUUAUGCUAUGGACAUCCGAGCUGGGACCGUUCUGUGCAGGAAGCCUCAUCGACAGCGAGUGGGUCGUUACGGCAGCUCACUGCUUCGUCGAGUACUGGAAUCACACGGGCCGCGAGCUGAGCCCAGAUAACCUCAAGCUUAAGUUCGGUCAAGCAUGCCACGCAGCCCGGCUUGAGGCCUCAGCGAGGUGGUCACAGCGUCCGGCGGAGAUGUUAUGCACCGCGGCGUGCCAGUGCAAGACCUACGCACAACGACAUCGUGGCACUGCUCGCUCUGCCGCGCUUCGUAGCCUCAUGCACACGAACCACGUGAUCGGCGACCCGUGUAAAGGUGACAGCGGCGGACCGUUCGUCAUGAAGCACUCGGGCCGCUGGUACCUCGUCGGACUCGUCAGCUGGGGCGAGGGAUGCGCGCGCCGGGGCAAGUAUGGCUUCUAUACAAAGCUCAGCCGCUACCACCACGACUUCAUCCGCGAGCAUGUCGGCUGGGCCUGA